AACUGGGCGUCAGGUUGGGGAGCCGGUCGGGUUCCCGCUCGCCGUCGCCGCCGCCCCCCGCAGCGACUCUCCCGCCGCGGGAGCUGCAUCGCCAACUCUGCUCGGCCGUGGAGCCGCUGGCCCGGGAGCACAGAGCCCGGGACGCGACACGCCGAGCCCCCAUCACCUCCAGCCGGGGCGACCCCUCUCGGGUUCGCCCUCCCUCUGCGCGGCCGCCGGAGCCCCCAGCCCCGAGUGGCCUCGCGGCCCGGCGCCCGCAUCCCGGCCCCGCAGCCGCCGCCCCUCACCCUGAACAUGGACUCCGACUCCUGCGCCGCCGCCUUCCAUCCGGAGGAAUACUCCCCCAGUUUCAAGAGGCGCAGGACCGUGGAGGAUUUCAACAAGUUCUGCACCUUUGUCUUGGCCUAUGCUGGCUACAUCCCUUAUCCAAAGGAGGAACUCCCUUUGAGGAGCAGCCCCAGCCCUGCCAACAGUACCGCUGGCACCAUUGACAGCGACGGCUGGGACACUGGUUUCACUGACAUCUCAUCCUCGGUGCCCUUGCCAGUCUCUGACCGCUGCUUUGGCCACCUGCAGCCCAGCCUCCUGCAGCGAGCCAAGCCCAGUAACUUCCUGCUGGAUAGAAAGAAGACUGACAAACUGAAGAAGAAGAAGAAGAGGAAGCGAAGGGACAGUGACGUGCCCGUGAAGGAGGGCUACAUGGGGAGCUUAAUGAAGCUGGAAGCUGCUGAUCCGUAUGUAGAGACCCCCACGAGUCCCACCCUGCAGGAUAUCCCCCAGCCCCCCGGUGACCCCUGCUCGGGCUGGGACUCUGACACACCUUCCAGUGGAUCUUGUGCCACAGUGUCACCUGAUCAGGUCAAAGAAAUAAAAACUGAAGGCAAACGGACUAUCGUCCGGCAGGGGAAGCAGGUGGUGUUCCGGGAUGAGGACAGCACCGGCAAUGAUGAGGACAUAAUGGUGGAUUCAGAUGAUGACUCCUGGGACCUUGUCACCUGCUUCUGUAUGAAGCCCUUUGCUGGCCGCCCCAUGAUAGAGUGUAAUGAGUGCCAUACUUGGAUUCACCUGUCUUGUGCGAAAAUCCGGAAGUCCAAUGUUCCGGAAGUGUUUGUCUGCCAAAAGUGCCGGGACUCCAAGUUUGACAUCCGCCGUUCCAACCGUUCCCGAAUGGGCUCCCGGAAGCUGUUUCUGGACUGACUGCUGGCCAGCAAGGAGACUGGAUGAGGAAUCGGAAGGGAUGAUGGGCUUUUUGGCCCCUCUCUUAGUUGAGCACAGAACUCUCAGCUCUGGUGCGGGCAGACCCCUGCCAUUCAGGUGCCUAAGCAAAAGGACAGGCUGUCCAAGGUAUAAACUGUACAUAGCCAGUGACUGAAUAAAUCCUCAUUGGCCAAAGCUGCUGCUGGAGCUGUGUUCUCUGCAGUGGAGGUGGACUAAACACCCAAGUGCAGUGGGUUUGGUUCAGCUGAACAUGAGGGUACGUGGUAGUUGUGAAUUCUUGCUCUCAUUGUUAACAAGCUCCCACCGAUGGGAACAAGUGCUAGCUGUUACUCCUGCUUCCGCUGUGUUGGGGAGAGAUGUUCAGUUUCCCUGGCCUGUUAAUGAACAGCCAUACUUGUAAGCUUUUUUCUCAAGUGUAAGUCUUUUACCAUAAGUGUCUGUACAGCAACCAUCAAAGCUUCCCCUACCUUCGUGGUCUGCCCUCUCCCUGCCUCAGUGGCUGCCUGCUGGAGUCCUCUGGUCUUCCUCUGAGAGGAGCCCCAGGGCGCUGGGCUGGCUAGUGAUCCCUAAGUUUCCUUCUGUUUGUUAAAAGGGACAGUAUGUGGCCACUUCUCUGUGGAAAGGGGGUUGGUUGGGGGAUGGAGGUGGCCCAUGUUCAUAACUCAGUUUCCUGUUUUGCACGAUGUAAAAAACCUGUCUUUUUGCACGAUAUAGCCAAAAGUAUUGACAGAUUUCUGCCUGGGUGCCCUUUCUCUCUAGUUGGCAUUUGAGGUCCUGGGGGUGCCCAGGCAAGCUGUUUUCAAGCGAGGGGGCACUUACAUUCUCUCUUUGUCUCUUCCCCUCACCUUGUUCCAGUAGCAGCAUAAAGGUUAGGCAAUCACUGGGGAAUGGCAUUCCUCUACAUAAUGGGGUAAAGAAAAAUUAGGAAAUAGGACUCUCUCACCAGUGAUUCUUAGUAUGUUCUCAUACAGGCUGGCCUGCUGGUUCCACGGGGCAAGGUUAGGAUGUGAAGCCUUUUUCUUGGUUUGAAUUGGUGAGUGAGUGAUCCAGUAACACUGGCCUCUAGGAAUCUACCAUUGAACUGUGCAGAGUUUCCUAGAUCUGAACUAGGACCCUGGAUUGGGGAGACCCCUGCGUGGGCCAGCUCUGGAGGCUUCUGAAGUCCCUGCAGGGCCUGCUCGAGGGCAGUGUGCCCCGGCACACUGGUGGUUCUGGAGCUCAGAGGGAGAGGAGGCCUUCAGCUGUCUCUGAAAUUGAUAUUACUUUUUAGCAGUUCAAAUACUUGUUCUCUAAAAUGUUUUUUUUGUAAAUCGAUGGGUGUGUUUUCAUAAACGUUUCUUGUAAAGCAUGAAAAGGGGAAAAUGCCCAAGUUAGUCAUAUUUAUUUACAGCAGGAUGGACCCCCAGUCUCUCUGCUGGAGGCUUCU